AUGAGGAAUCACACAGAGGUAAGUGAAUUCAUUCUACUGGGAAUACCUCAGACCAAGGGACUGGAGAUGGUGCUCUGUGCCAUCUUCUUGUUCAUCUACCUCUUCACCUUACUUGGCAAUUUACUAAUCCUCACAGCCAUCAUUUCUUCCUCUAAACUUCACACCCCCAUGUAUUUCUUCUUAGGACUCCUAUCUACACUUGACAUAUUUUUCCCUUCAGUAACUUGUCCCAAGAUGCUUUUCUAUCUCUCUGGUCAAAGCCAAGCCAUCUCUUAUAAGGGGUGUGCUGCACAGCUUUUCUUCUAUCACUUCCUGGGUUCUACUGAAGGCUGCCUCUACUCUGUGAUGGCUUAUGAUCGCUUUGUUGCCAUCUGUCACCCACUGAGAUAUAUGCUUAUCAUGAAACCUGGGGUUUGUAUGGGUUCUGUCAUAGGGACCUGGUUGGUGGGUGCUCUUCAUGCCACCAUACUGACCUCCUUAACCUUUAAUUUAAACUACUGUGGCCCCAAUCAGGUGGACUACUUCUUCUGUGACAUCCCUGCUGUCAUACCCCUGGCUUGUUCUGACAACUCCUUUGCCCAGUGGAUGGGAUUCAUUAAUGUUAGCCUUCUGGCCUUAAUGCUUUGGUUCAGUAUUUGUGUUUUCUUCACUCAUAUUGGGAUUGCCAUUUUGAGAAUCCAUUCAAAAGAAGGUAGGCAGAAAGCUUUCUCUACCUGCAGUGCCCAUCUCACUGCAAUACUCUGUGCCUAUGGACCUGUAAUCAUCAUCUAUCUGCAGCCCACACCCAAACCAUUACUUAAUGCUUUGGUGCAAAUACUAAAUAAUAUUGUCUCACCCAUGCUGAACUCAUUAAUUUAUUCCUUAAGGAACAAGGAAGUGUUUUCACUAAGAAAGGUAUUCUACAAUAUAGUACUUACUCUUCAGGAAUAA